AUGGACACCCCAGUCGCCCCGAUGGGCGAUGAAUCACCCCCUCCAUGUCCUCCCCAGCCCCAAGAAAGCAUCCUCAACCGCAAAAUCCUCCCCCGCGGCCUCCCUCACAGCUUCUCGUCCAACCUCAACCGCGACGUCACCACCCCCAAGAGAUCAAAAGUAAACAACCGCUCCGUCCGAUCCAUCAUCGCGUCGUUUGAGAGCGCGGCGAGUAAUCAGCAGCCACCCCACUCACCACUUUUCGAGCCGAUUACGCCGCAAAGCAGUAUCAUCAGAAGUGGCGCGUCGACGGGCGCGAGUCUGGCGAGUUUUCGGAGGGUGAAGGGUAGUCAGGGUCGGGACAGGGGGGUUAGUGAGUGUCACGAUGCGAGGAGGAGUCAACCUGGUGAGGAUGGGACAGAGGGGUAUAGUGACGCACGAGCUGGCAUGGAAGGUACCAGAAGCGUUUCGACACCUGUCAUCCCAAGGAUGAGCUCCAUCAUGCCCUUUGGUGUGGAAGAAGAGGAUUCGUUGACGUUGGUGAAUUACAAGUCGUAUUUCAACCAGCCAUUGGCGAGGUGUCUCGAUGAGUUUGUCGGUUUUGAGGAUGAAGGCAAGGAUUCCCCCAAAGAGAAGAAAAGCAAGAAGGAACACGACGAGUACAAGCUGAACGACAAGAUCGACGACGUCGACAAACAAAACAUACCCCUCCGUAUCACGAAACGACAGGACAGAGUCAAGACGGCGGCGGCCCAAACCGAGAUCCAGCCUACCACAAGUGCCCCGCGACCCGUACGACAGCAAACGAAGAGACCGAGUCUCACGCACAGAAAGUCCUCGGCCUCGGUCAUUGCUUUGGAAAAGCUCAUGCACGAGCUCGAAAACUUCUCGAUCAGCCCGCCGUUGGAGGAAGAAGAGAGCGAAAUCAUCGCCAUGCCCGAAGACAAGCCAAUCAUUCGCCGCGACCCAAAGGAAGUCCAGGACUAUUGGUGGGGAGUCCGUCGGAGCCUUUGGGUUGACGAAGACGAGGUUUACAGCCCAGAGGCCUACCCUGAGUCCAAUAUCACAACAUCAAGUGAUAUCCCCAAGAUCCAACUACCUCUGCCGGGGACAACCGCUGUCUCGGCAAGGGCAUCAUGCGCCUUCGAUAAGCAGAUUCCGCUACCAGCACCUCCUAUCCCUUUCCGCUCUCCGAGCAGAGUAUCUAGAGACGUUUCCGGAGGGAAUUUGCCAUUCGGCACCCCGACUCGCUUGCCGAACAGGUCGAUAUCCUCCAAGUCCACAUCUCCCCUGAAAUACUCAGUACUGGCAGCGGGCCACCCUCCGCCCUCACCGUCCGCUUCUGUCAGGCCCGAGCCUCCAACGCCCCAAUCCCCACCGACUCUGUAUCGGCAGAGUCCAAGCCCGCCCUCCAGGGGCUCCAAUCAGCCAGUCUCUCCCCCUUUGUCGACAGCGGGUAAGGAUAACUACUCGAAUGGGAAUACCCCAAAAGCUUCUUCAGCCAAGGAAGCAGACCUUCCCUUCUUGAAUCAUGAACACAGCCAAUCUCGUGACCCAAGCUCGUCAUCACUCGAUGUGAAUGCGAGCACAUCGCAAGUCGACUGGGACUCGGCCUCGGAAUACGGAGACGAAGAAGUGCGUAAACAGAAAGCCGAGGAGAAUCAGUGUCGUCAGACCCAACCAAAUGGUCCUUCGUUAGACGAGAUUGACGGAUUGUACAGCGGAAUUCCGACCGAUUCUGCGAUUCCUUCCCCAGCUACAGCUAUCGACGUUGGAGGCAGCCAGGAGAAUACACCUAAAGCCGAGUCCGCUUUCGAGCAGAUCAAGAAGCGGAUCGAAAUCAGAAAAGAGAAGACACGGUCUAGUCACAGUCGUCACUCUUCUCUGAUGCUGUUAAGCGCCAGCUCACCAGGCGAGAUUUCCGAAUACCAACAACCCAAUCAAGUUCUGCAACAAAACCAACCCCAGGAAGAGCAGGAACCCUCUAACCGUCACUCCGACUCACACAAUAUUGGCAACCGCCGUCACAGCAGUCGCCGCCUCCACCUCUCAGCCAUGAACCUUCCCGGCCUCCGCCACCUCCGCAGCCGCCACAGUAGAUCUUCCCUCUCCAGUCCCGACUCUGUCGACGGCCUCAAAACGCCCACCACCGCCAAUAGCGCCACCAGCUUCAGUAGUACCCGCGCGAAUAUUAGCAGUCCCGUUCCCAUCCUCAGUGCCGGCAUCAGCAACCCCAUCAGCAUCCCUUACUCAGCCACCCGGUCGGCUUGCUCUUCUUUCGUCUCUCAAUCGGAAUCUGGAACGGGAAGUUCUUGUCAGAAUCAGGGCGAGGGCCAAAAAACGCCAACGGACAAGGGAGAAACAUAUAAAACGGGAAAAGAAACGACGGUGGGAAAGACGGAAACCAGUGCGACCGUGGUGGUUUACCCUUCGCGAUCCGUAACGAAGGUGCCAAAGUUGGAGGAUGCUCCAAAGGGUGGUGGAGGGUUUAGAGGACAUUUUCGAUGGAGGAACAAGAGUCGGGGAGAGGACAAAGACAAAGAUAAGGAGAUGGAGAAUUCUUCGAUGGCGAACGGCAAUGUGGAUGAGUUCUUGAACUCACACAAAAGGAUGAACAGUCUGAAGAAAGAAGGGAGUGGCACCCAGCAAGCCCGGGCUGUGGAUAUGGAGGAGGGAAGGAUCGAUCCUCGCCAUCCCCACAAAGAGAAACUUCAUCAACGGGUUGGAUUCACUGAAGCCACAACCGGCCUCACCUCAAGCACCAGCGCUUCCAGCAUCCCACUCUCCACAGCUCACCACUUCAACUCCCAGUCCGAAACUACAGGUACAAGUAAUCACCGCCUCGCCUCUCAAGAUGACACCCACCUCUACAAGAACCAUCAUCAUGACCAAACUCCCACCCAAAUCCAAAUCCCCCACCCGACAUACGCCAACACCAUCUCCUCUUUCACCUACACCACCACCCCAAUAUUCAACACCAUUAAUAAUCCCAAGAACUCCCACACAUCCACCACUGAUGACACACCCCCCUCAAAAAGUAACCCAACAGCCGGGCGCUCUCGGCAAGACCACCUCUCCGAAAUCCAAUCCUUCCUCCUUGACAACAACAACAAAGACAGCUUUGAUACCUCUACCGUGCAGUCCAUACGCCCCUCGCUUCAAUCGCAGUCGCAGCCGCAGUCGCGAUCUUUGCAUUCUUUGCACUCCAUUCCCGAGUCCAACUCCACUGGGAGUAUGUACAGUCAAAGAAGUCAAGAUGAAGAGGAGGCAGAGGAGGACCAAAAGAGGGAGGAGGCGUCGAUGUUGAUUGGGGAGGUUUUGGAGACUGUUAGGAGUUUGGGGGAGGAAGUGGUGAAGAGGGGUCAGAGUUAA